AUGAAAAUUUUGCCUUUUUUGUCAGUUUUAGCUGGCUCCGGCGAGGCUGGGCCUCUUGAUUUUUGGACAGAGAGCGAUAUUUUUGCCUAUCGAGUUCAAAAGUCGAUUCAGAAGAAGGGCAUUGCCAACCGGUUCAUCAAAAAGUAUGAUCAAGUUAGAGACGCGAUGAGAUGGUUCCAGGACGAGGGUGUUUGCGACUCCGAUGUCUCUAGCCCAAGCUACGAACCGGUCGGUUUCGAUGCUGUUUUUGACGCUCAGUCAUAUGCUUGCAUCGAAGAUCCAGCAAUAUUUGAGACGAUCCAGGUCGCUCUUGUCGCUAUGAAAAGGGUCGCAAAAUUAAAGAUCAACAGCGAUAAGGAUGUUUCCUUCCACAUCUCUGACUAUGAGAUGUCAUACGAUCAAGCGCUACUCUACUGCUUCAGCAAAGACAUGUGGCUAGCCGAUCCUGAAGACUACGAGCAGCAAAAAGGCAUCGUAAGAAGCAUGACGGUUGGAAACUACGUCUGGUUCGACUCCUGGCAAGCAGCUGAAGGGGAGUGUUGGGUGCAAGAAUAUUUUGGCGGCGCCGGCCCUGGAGGAAAAGUCAAAUAUGGAGUUUCCGACGGGCCAAAAGACUGCAACAGCAAGUACUAUGCAGCUUGCCAGAGCGGUCAAAUUUACGAGAAAUCAUGCACCGCCUGGCCAAUCGCCAAAAUAAGAGCGAACGAGCAAGCAAAAGCUCAAGAAUAUUGCGAAGCCGCUGGUGGAAACCUUCCAUUUUUCAACGAUAAGAAUGAGCUUGAGGAAUGGCAAAAUAGACCAGACCCCGAGCGAGAAUGGCUUGGAAUCGUCAAAAACGACGAGUUUAAAAGCGGAUGGGCCAAGGUCACUGGUGAAGAGGCUACUAUUUUUGCAUGGGCAGCCGGAGAGCCGGACUUUGAUAAUGAUAACGAAUUCUGCGCGACGACAAUGAUCAACGGCGGUGGAGUCGAUUACAAUAACCCCUUUGUCUGGAACGAUGUCCCGUGCUCCUGGGCAACGGAGAUCUUCCGCUGUCGAAUUGACUCUACUGUCUACGUCUGGGAAGAUUGUCCUGUCCCUGAGUUGCCUGAGCCACCGAAGGCAAGUUCUGCAAAUUUGCACGAUUUUACGAUUCUUGACCUUCGAAUAUGUAGUUUUUAA